CAACGAACACAAUUUGGAUUUACAGUUCUCUUCGUUCUGGGAAGCACUGGAUGAAGGAUUUGUCAUAUUGGAAACAUGCACCCAGAUUCGGCGUCAAAGAUCACAGCCACAGGAGAGAAAAUGGCUUAUGAGAAGAAAAUAUUCUCUGGAGAAGAAUUAAACGGUUUGUGGGACUAUGAUAACUACAGCUACCAGAUCUUUUAUAAUAAUAUCAGUGACCAAUGCUGUCUUGGCCCAUUGUGCGGCGCAGAGAAUAUGAUGCGUUUUUACUCUGUGUUCCUCCCGGUGAUUUACACACUGACUCUGGUCGUGGGUCUGGUGGGGAAUGGCUUAGUUCUGGCCAAUCUCCGCCGGAUGCAAGGCACCUGGAGCAUCACCAACAUCUUCAUGCUGCACCGGUCUGCGGCUGACCUUCUCCUGCUCAUCACACUGCCUUUCUGGGCUGCUGAAGCUGUCCAGGGCUGGACCCUUGGAACAUUUCUCUGCAAGCUGAUGGGAGCCAUUUUGAAGAUCAGCUUCUUCUGUGGCAUCUUCCUGCUUGCCUGCAUCAGUUUGGAUUGCUACCUGUCCAUCGUCCACGCCGUGCAGAUGUACCCAUGUCUAAAGCCCUGGCAGGUGCAGACCAGCUGCCUAUUCAUCUGGUUCUUCUGCCUCAUCCUCUCCAUCCCUGAGUGGGUCUUUCUAGAGAGGCAGUAUGACGAAAGAUCAGAAAUGAAUAAGUGUGCCUACAACUACAAUCAGUAUUCCACCAAUGACAGCUAUUGGCACUUGGCUUGCCGCCUGCUGUACCACAUUGUGGGCUUCCUCAUCCCCUCUGUGGUCAUGAUCUUCUGCUACUCCUGCAUCCGGCUGCGGCUUCACCGCGGCUCCCAGGAUAUCCAGAGACAGAGAACCAUGCGCAUGAUCCUGGUGCUAAUGAUGGCCUUUAUCAUCUGCUGGGUGCCUUACAAUGUAACCCUCAUAGUAGAUACCCUACACACCAGCAAUAUAAUACAUAUGACUUGCAAGAGCGCCACAGCCUUAGACGUAUCCAUGACGGUCACGACCAUGCUGGGUUACGUGCACUGCUGCCUGAACCCCAUACUCUAUGUUAUUUUCGGCGUCAAGCUCCAAGAAUAACUCCUAGAGAUGUUGAAGGACCUGGGCUGCAGGCUGCAUGGGCAAAAUCACAUGCCCUCAUGGAAGAGCUCUGCGUGGUCUGAGUCCGGAGACACAUCUUACACCUCUGGCUUCUGAGAGAUGCCUCUUACAUCACCAGCUCCUUUGUUUCAAUUGGUUGCAUGCCUCUUACAUCAUCAGCUUAUUUUCUUUUUUAAUUGGUCAUGAAAAUGGGACACUGGACCCUGUAUUGGACAAAUGGUAGCAAUAGAAUAGGAUAAAUGUUGUUCUUGUUUUAUUUUUUAUAUUUGUA